AUGGGAUUUCCAAUCAUUUUUGGUAUUUUUGAAGUAAUAUAUAAUUUUCCAUAUAUUGGUAGCGCCCAAAACAUGUCCCUUGAUCCUGGAUACUAUAAAUUAGAAGUUUGGGGUGCUCAGGGUAGCAGCGGAGGUAAAGGUGGCUACUCUGCUGGAUAUUUAAACCUAACAGAGACCACAAAUUUCUAUGUCCAAGUUGGAGGUUCUAGAGGAGAACGUGCUGGAGCAUGGUUACAAGGAGGUUAUAAUGGCGGUGGAGGUGCUAUUUUUGAAUAUAAACAUGCAAAUUAUUUAUCAGAGCGUGUUGUUAAGUAUAUUUCAUAUUAUGGUAAUUGUGGUGGAGGUGGAACAGAUAUCAGAAUCAAUGAAAAUAGCAUAUAUUCACGUGUAAUUGUAGCGGGUGGUGGUGGAGGUUCUCAUUCUGAAUAUUAUGGAGGGGGUUAUGCUGGAGGGGGAAAUUUCCCUGCCAAACAAAACUCAACUUCAGGCGCAGGUGAUUUCUUUCAAGGAGCAACUGCUCCAUGCGCAGCUGGUGGUGGUGGUGGAGGUUGGUUCGGAGGCGGUACUUGUAGAGGUACUCAACAAUUCCCACCACCUGACAAUGUUCGCGAUGGUUGUUGUGCGGGUAGUGGAGGUAGCGGCUAUGUUUAUAAAGCAUCAACAGCUGAAUUCUACCCAAGCGGAUGUAAAUUAACACCAAAAUACUACUUGCAUGAUACAGAGAUGCUUGCCGGAAACAAUCAAUUCAAAGAACUAAAUGGAACCAUAUCCACAGGGCAUGUCGGAAAUGGAUAUGCAAGAAUUACAUUUUUCCAUGAUAACUAUGAUUAUAUUCUAAACGGAAGUGAAUUGAGUGUCAUCGGAUUCAACAAAAACUGUUUCAGUGUUGUUGAGAUAAGAUCAUCGUUGAAUGGAAAUAAGAUCGUUUCGAUUGCAAACAAUUCAUUCAAAGGUCAUAAAUGCAUUCAAGAAGUAAAAUUACCCGAAACAAUUAGAGAAAUUGGUUCAAGUGCUUUUGAAAAUUGCAUCAAUCUUAUCAAAGUUUCAUUUAUUUCUUCUUCAUCAAUUGCAACAAUUGGAACUUCUGUAUUUAAAGGAUGCACUAAGCUUAACUCAAUAGGAUUUAACUCCAUAAAAGGUAAUUCAGUCCAUAUAUUGAACCUUUCAUAUUGGCAUUCAUUGAAGUCAAUUCCUCCUUUUUCAUUUAGUGACUGUAGUAAUAUAGAAGAAAUUCAUUUCUCACAAGAGCUAGAGAGUAUUGGAGAUAAUGCAUUUAAGAACUGUAUUUCAUUACGGUACGUAAAUCUUCCAUUUAACUUGAAAUCCGUUGGAAAGUUUUGCAUCUCUGGCUGCGUGAAAUUGAAACAGAUUUCUAUUCCUUGUUCACUGAACAAGAUAACUUCUUUCGCGUUUUGUUCUAGCGGUAUUGAAACAGUUAUAAUUAACUCUAAUACAGUUGUUGAUGGCUAUGCAUUCUAUAACUGUUCGAAUCUAGUAAUAGUCGAGAUAUUUGAUAAUGCAUUCAUUAUGCCUAAUGCUUUCUCCCUUUGUACAAAUAUCCAAAAUAUCGUACUGUACCAAUAUGUAACAAUCUUCAAUAAUUCUUUUGUUGAUACCAUCAGUCCAGCUAUUUUCUACACGGAAACAACAUAUUCAUGCUAUCCAAACACUGAAGAAUGGCUGAAGAGCAUCGAUUGCACUUCUAUCUUAGUCGGCGAUAAGUAUUCGUUUGAUAAAUUCUGUCAAAUUAGUGCUCUUAAGAGUAAUCCUGAUUCUGCUAAAUUUUCGUCUGAUCUUGUUAUAAUGUUUAAUACAUUGGCACUCAUUUUUCUUACUAUUUUGGCUUUUAUUUUCUUGCGGAAAUUUUUAUUAUAA